CAAAAUCUGGUUCCCGAACUUUUCGAAUCUUUCAUCGCCACUUCAUGUCUUUGUGUGGGUUUGAUGACUAAAUGUUUGGAUUCCUCUCCAACACACCUGAUCAAUCAUGACCUCACCCUGAAUCUCUGCUCACCACCACACCUUACAGAGAUCCACCAUGAUGCUGCUAGGGGUCCCCUGUUGAGUGCACCCCCCCACACACACACCACCCCUUAUCCCUCUCUAGGGAGCCAUGGCAUCAGGAAGGAACCACGAGGACGACUCCGCUAUGGAAGAGGGGGCUGUUCCUCUAGACAUCGACGAUGUCCACAUGCUUUUGCAAGUGGAACAGGAACAGAUCCAGAAGAGGACCUUCACCAACUGGAUCAAUGCCCAGCUUUCCAAGAGGACACCACCCACCGUGGUCCAGGACCUGUUCACAGACCUGCAGGACGGCAUGCGGCUCCUGGACCUCCUGGAGGUGAUGAGCGGUCAGCGGAUGAAACGAGAGAGGGGCCAUGGUGUUUUUCAACACAGAGGAAACAUUGAGACAGCAUUGAAGUUCUUAAAGACUAAAUCGGUCAAGCUGGUGAACAUCAACAUCCCCGAUCUUAUUGAGGGCAGACCGUCCAUUGUGCUCGGUCUCAUCUGGACUAUUAUAUUACACUGUCACAUCGAGGAACUGGCCAGCACGCUGUCGUUCGGCUCCAGGCAGUCGUCCCUGGAGUCCCUGGCCAGCCUGGACUCUCUGCCCGGCUCGGCCUGCAGCAGCCCGGUGCCGGGGGGCAGUCCGGUGCCCCGUGGACGGAGCUCCCCGCUGCACGCCCGCUUCCGCCUCUCCGCCAAGAAGGCCCUGCUGCUCUGGGUCAGGGACCAGUGCCACAAGGUCGGCUGCUCCAUCAGUGUGAAGGACUUCAAGUCCAGCUGGAGGAGCGGCAUGGCCUUCCUGGCCAUCCUGUGCGCCCUGCGGCCCGACCUGGUGGACCUGCCGCGGGCCCAGAGCCGCAGCUCCCUCCAGAACCUGGAGGAGGCCUUCCGCCUGGCCGAGCAGGAGCUCCACAUCCCCCGCCUGCUGGAGCCAGAGGACAUUGAUGUGAGUGACCCUGAUGAGAAGUCCAUCAUGACCUAUGUAGCCCAGUUUCUGCAGUACUCCAACGACAUGCCCUCACCUGAUGACGACAUCCAGCUGCCCACUGCACCCUCUCCCUCGUGUCUCCCUCUCUCUCCUGUCAACCUGCCUUCCUAUUUCACGCCGGCCGUCACGGCCUCCCCCCUGCACCAGGCUUCGCCCAGUCAGAAGGCUCGAGAGAUGGCCUGCUGGCUGCAGAAAGCCUAUGAGGAGUUAGAGGAGGUGUGGUCCUCUACUGAAGGUGCAGGAUAUGCAGAAAGGUACCAGGCCUUCCAGGCGUUCAUUUCGUCGUUCUAUGAGCAGCGGCGGCCGGUGAUCCCCCUGCUGAGUGCCAUGAAGCGCAGCCCCAAACCCAGCCGAGAGCAGAUCGCCCUGCGCCAGGCCUGGACCACCCUGGAGCAGAAGCUGCAGCAGUAUAACACUGAGCUGGACGUGUGCUUGCCCGCUCCCCUGGACACCCUGGGGGUGUGGCUUCAGCGUGUGGAGGCGGUCCUAGUGGAAGAGGGAGGGGUCGCAAAAGACCACGCCCACGCCGCCCGGGAGGCCAGAGAGAAACAGGAGCAGCUCAAGGUGCUUGUUCAGGACAUGGGUCUCCAUCUGAACACUCUGCAUGUGUUCUCCAACGUCAGCCCCAACGAGACCACGUGGGUGCCCCCGGACAAGCUGGACGAGCUCAAGAGACGGUUCACCAGUGCCCGAGUGACGGCGAAGUACUACGGCAUCAAGCUGGAGUACCGCGAGCAGCGGCACACGGUCUCAGAGCUGCUAGGCCAGCUCAACAGCAGGCUGAAGGCCUGGAGAGGGCCGUACAGCUCCCAGGAUGCAGUGCGCUCCCUCCUGCAGGACUGGCACGAGAUUGUGGAUAAACAGUGUCUGGUGUCCCUGUUGAUGGCUGCAAUCCAUAAACUGAAGCAGACAGCCAGCACCUACACAAGCAAAGCAGCUCUCGCGGACGAUGCCCAGAUGGUCAGCAGACAGGUGCGGGAGGUGGAGGCGGAGGCGGGCACCAAUGCCGAGGGCGUGAUGGCGGCGCGGGGCACCAUGGGACGGGUGCUGGCCGCCUGGGAGUCCUACAGGGACCUGCUCUUCGCCAUGCAGGUGUGGCUCGGGCAGCAGACCGAGGCCACGGACGCCACAGUGAAGGAGGACAGCCUGCGUGAGUGGAUCAGUCGUCACGCCCACCUAAACGAGGUGGGCAACUUCCUGAUUGAGUCAACGGAUGGCCCCACCAGCUUUGCCCUGGCCAACGAGCUGUGCAAACUCAACAAGCAGUGGGCUGAUUUUGUCAAACGCACAAGAUUUGCUGUGUCCGCUGCUGCCCCCUCGGUCCCUGCGUGUGCCCAGGCGGCGCAGGUGCUGGUGGAGGAGGCGGGCUGGAUGGCCAGGGAGCCUGUGGAGGUGUCCUCUGGAGCCCUGCGCACCUACAGGAAGAGGCUGCAGGUAAUGGUUAAGAAGAUUGCAGAAGUGGAUCUGGACACUUUGGCCACGUCCCCAGAUUGUUCCGCAGAGACUCUGGAGAAUUUGAAAGAAACUCUUCCUAAGCUGCGUGAGUCUCUGGGGCAGGUGCAGCAGGUGUGUGAGGGGGUGCAGCGGGGCGCCUCCCUGCUGGAGGGCCGCAUGGCGGAGCUGGUCCACUGGAGCACCGAGGUCUCCGAGGCCCUGGACACCCUCAGGGAGUGGGAGCGCCGCGGACAUCCAGGCCUUCGCCCCAGAGUUAAAACGCUGAUCUCCCGUGGCCUUCAGCUGGAGGCCCAGCUGGUCGCUGAGGAGCAGGAGCUGCAGGCCUCACUGACCGCAGCCCAGCAGAGCUCCAGCCUGCCCUACCUCAGCAUCUCCACCCUGCAGGUCCGAGUCAAGGAGGCCACCGCACAGACCAAGGAGUUAGUGGGGAUCCUCAGCCGUCUGGAUGUGAAAAGGGAGGGGGGAGCCACCAAGGGUCAGCCCCCACCUAAGGUCAUAAUCCGGGCACAGAGCCAGCCAGACCUCCCGCACGCCACUUUUGAUCAACACUCUCCAGCAACCCAGCUUUUUCAGGCCCAGAGCCAGCCGGACCUGCAGCAGGGCACUUUGGCUAAACACUCCCCAAAAGCCCAGCGUUUUCAGGCCCAGAGUCAGCCAGAUCUCCCGCAUGGCACUUUGGCUAAACACUCCCCAAAAGCCCAGCCUCUUCAGGCCCAGAGCCAGUCAGACCUGCAGCAGCAUGGCACUUUGGCUAAACACUCUCUGAAACCCCAGCGUCUUCAAGCUCAGAGCCUGCCUGAAAUUCCCGCAGAGGACGAUGAGGGGACUCCCUUGGGCGAGAUCCGCGAGGUCCAGGCUCACACUCGUUCCAGGGUGCAGUCUCAACUUGCUCAGUCCAAAAAGCAGUCUCAGGACAUAGUAGCAGUGGUCAGCGACCCCCAACAUCCACCCAGUAGCCCCGCAGGGAGGCGCACAUCUCCUCCCCAGGAACCCCCAGACUCCUCACAGCCUCUCACCCCUCCACAAACCCGGAGCCCUCAGACGGGAGGCCGCACCCCGCGCACCCGGCAGAGGCCGAAGGGGGCCUCGAAUCCAGGCCCGGGUAAGGCAGCGGGUCCCCCCAAACCCCCGGGCCAGAACGAGGUGUACCUGAAGGCCCGCUCGCUGGCCCGGAGCAGGCUGGACGGGGCCCAGCAUCGGCUCCAGCAGCACAUCCAGGAGGCCAUCGUCAUCUUCAGCAACAAGACCCUGUCAGCUACCCUGGAGCAGGGCAAGAAGAAGGAGGACACCAUGAAGAUCCUGAAGCCCGCUCUCCUGGAGGAGUUUCUGGGGAGUGUCGAAGGCAUGAGUCGGUUCUGUUCCGAAGUCCAGCUCAGAGAGAUGGAGCUUCUAGCCCUGUCAGUGCGUGGCCAAUGGGAGGGUGUAUGCUUAGCGAUAGCGUCCUUUUUGCCACACUUGGGGUGUGAACUUGUGCGGGGACUGUCGGCUAGGCCGGCUGUCCCUAGGCACGUGCCCCACACUCAAUCUUCUCCAGGCCUGCUGCAGCCUGUGUGCAGUGAACAGGCAUGUGUGGGUGCUGCGGAUUCUGAGGGGCGAGUGAGGACCCUGAGGGGGCUUAAGGACACGCUGAGCCCCCCCGAGCCUCUGGUCCGGGCCACCACCUGUGUGACGGAGACAGCCGGCAGACUGGAGGUGGCCCAGCGUCAGGGCGGCCGAAGCAGAGAAACAGCGCCCUCAUCUGCCGGGGGGGAGACGACUGGAGACAGCACCCCACUGAGAGAGGCUGCCCAGCCUGCUGACCUGACGCCAAACCCGGUCCAUUCGCAGGGUGGCACGAGAGCUGGGAGGAGUAUGAAGACGCUGCAGGUGCUUCAGAGGAGCUCGGAACCACCCAGCGCGACCAAACAUGAUGAGGGGUCAGUAGCGGCCACCCAGGAAGCACAGAUGCGGUAUGGUGCUGCUCACUCGGCCUUCCACCUGCAGCUGCAGAGGAACAGCCAGCGUCUGUGUGCCGAGGUCCCCCAGGGCUCCGCUACUCUCCAGCUCCUCCACACUCUCCUCCAAGGCCUCCAGGCUAUGCGGCAGGAGACGGAGGCUCUGUGGUUUGAGUACGAGCUGCAGUUCUCCCAGUGUGAACCCCAGCUGGAGGAGGUGGGGGAGGGGGAGGAGGAGGAGGGGGGGCUCAGGAGGGAGAGGGCCCAACUCAUCCAGCGCUGGAGAGCACAGCAGAUCUGCCUUCAGGCCAGGGUGAAGACUCUGCAGACUGCAGUGACACUCAUGGAACCAGCAGACAUUCAGAUAGCAUUUGUCAGUAACCGUCUGAACUACAUUACCCAGAAUCCACUGAACAUCACAGAAUUCACCCUUGUUGACUCAGGAGCCAUACAUGAGGAACUAAAGCUCCUGGAUGACAACAUUCAGACGGAACUGGACCGUCUGGCUGGAUUCCAACGCUGUGACAGCGCCCCCGCUGACCCCAACACUGACCCCAGCGCUGACCCGGCUCUCGAGCCGGUCCACUCGGCCAUCCAGCAAGCGGUGCAGAACUGCCGCAGCCGCCUGGACCAGCAGCGGAAGCGUCUGAGGAGAACCGACUCGGCUCUGGGCAAACUGGAGCGCUUCCUGGGCCCGCUGCAGCAGGCCGGUUCCGACCUCUCGGGCCUCCUCGUCUCGGACGACUCGGGCGCGUGGGAGGACAGCUCCAUGCUGACCCCCAUCCAGAGGAGGGCCCAGGAGGCGGCCGCCGAGGCCCCGCGCGUGGACUCCCUCCUGGGGGACGCGGGGCUGAGGAUCACCCUGGAUGGUGCUGCUGGUGGUGGUGGUGCUCCGGGCUCCUGUCGGGAGGUGGCAGGAGCUUUGGAGAGACGCGUGGAGGAGGCCCAUGUCCGUGUAUCCUCCCAGCCAGUGAGGAGCCACAAGAGAGGAGGAGGAGGAGGAACAGGGGGAGGAGGAACAGGAGGAGGAAAACAGAAGAAGGAACAGCAGAAGGAUGGAGAGAAAGAAGAGAAGGAGAAGGAGAAGGAGAAGGAGGGGGAGCGAUCGCUGAGCCAGAGGAAGAGGACGCUGGUGGCUACCCUGAGGGAGGUGAAGGGAGGCGCAGAGACCAUGGGCCUCAAGGAGCCCACACUGCCAGCCCUGCAGCAAAGGUUGCGGACGUUGACUGAUAUGGAGAGCAGGCUAGCUGCUCUGUGGACAGAGCUACAGAGUCUGCAGGAGGCCUCUGCAAAGAUGACCAAUCGGAAGACAGAUCCCAAAGAGCUGGGCACUCUGUGGGAACAGACCCAACUGGUGGUCAAAGAGAGGCGUGAGCAGUGCCAGUGUGUGAUGGAGCUGCUGAAGAGGUUCCAGGGCUGCCGCAGCCGCCUGGGUCUGGUCCUGCAGCAGGCGGAGCAGACCAUCGGAGAGCAGGCGUCCUACAUGGGCAAGGACAACCUGCACCGCCUCCUCCACAGGGUAACGGCCACUAAGGCGGAGCUGAGUGGCCUGGGGGAUGGCGUGGAGGAGAUCCGGAGUGUGUGCAGACAGCUGCAGCACCAGCUGCGGGGGAUCCCCGACUGCGUAGACACCCCGUUCGAGAACGAGGCCGACGCCAUUAUGGACCGCUGGCUCGAUGUGAUGGAGCGUACGGACUGCUACCUGGAUAACCUGCGGGUGAGCCUGGCACUGUGGGACAAACUGCUGCUGCUGGGGGGAGAGGUGGAGGGCUGGAUGACCAGGAAGAUGACCUCCUUUGUCCAGCAGGCCCAGCCUUUCCAGAGCGAGCGGGAGGUCCUCAGUAUGCAGGAGGAGAUGAAGUCCCAGGAGGAGAAUGUGGAGCACUUCCACCGCCGCUCCUGUGAGAUCCAGCACCUUCUCCAGAGCCAGGAAGCACCGCUGGAACUACAGGUGAUGGAGAGCCAGCUGAGGAACAGGAUGGAGCAAGUCAGAGAGCUAUUCGCCGAGAGCACCGACGUCUUCAAGGAGCUGCUGGCCGCCAAGGGCCAGGUCAGCGCUAAGAUGGCCACCUGCCAGACGGCUCUGCAGGGCAUCCAGGACGCUCUGAGGAGCCUGGGGAGCACUCAGGGACAGCCUCUCCUCAAGAGACUACAGGCGCUCUCUGGCGAGCUGGACGCGCAGGCGGGGCAGGUGGACGCGCUGCAGCGGGAGCUGGUCCUGAUGUCCAGCGUGACCAGCCAGCAGACGCUGCAGGCGCUGACCGCUGAUGUGGCACGGCUGCAGGAGAGCGUCUGCACAGCCAGGGAGCUGCUACAGCAGACCAGAGAGCAGGCGGAGAACGCUCACAGGUUGGGUGAGGAGCAGAGGGAGUUGCAGGAGUGGCUGAAGUCUACGGAGCGCUGGGCCCUGGAGUCUCAGGAGGACCGGGGCGGCCUUCAGGUGGAGAUGACCAGGCAGAGUGAUCGCAUAGAGGCCUUCUGUGCACUCAUCAGCUCAGUUCAGGGAGGGGACGCGGAAAACACCAGUCUCCUGGAGAACUGCCGGAAGCUUCUAGAACGCCACGACCACCUCCAGGCUCGGCUCCAGAGCGCCCCACAGGAGUCACUCAUCCGGGAGGAGACGGAGAACCGGACACUGGAAGAGGAGACACAGGCUCAGCUCCAGAGCGCCCCCCAGAGCUCCUCACAGGAGUUACUCCUCCAGGAGGAGAUGGAGAAGAGCACCAUACAGAAGUCACUCCUAGAGAAGGAGAAGAAGAAGAACUCCUCACAGAAGUCACUCCUCCAGGAGAAGGAGAAGAAGAAGAACUCCUCACAGGAGUCACUCCGCCAGGAGGAGGAGAAGAAGAAGAGCUCCCCAAAGGAGUCACUCCUAGAGAAGGAGAAGAAGAAGAACUCCUCACAGAAGUCACUCCUCCAGGAGAAGGAGAAGAACACCUCACAGGAGUCACUCCUCCAGGAGGAGAAGAAGAAGAAGAGCUCAUCACAGGAGUCACUCCUCCAGGAGGAGAAGAAGAAGAAGAACUCACAGGAGUCACUCCUCCAGGAGAAGGAGAAGAACACCUCACAGGAGUCACUCCUCCAGGAGGAGAAGAAGAAGAAGAGCUCAUCACAGGAGUCACUCCUCCAGGAGGAGAAGAAGAAGAAGAACUCACAGGAGUCACUCCUCCAGGAGGAGAAGAAGAAGAAGAGCUCCCCAAAGGAGUCACUCCUCCAGGAGGAGAAGAAGAAGAGCUCCCCACAGGAGUCACUCCUCCAGGAGGAGAAGAAGAAGAGCUCAUCACAGGAGUCACUCCUCCAGGAGCAGAAGAAGAAGAAGAGCUCCCCAAAGGAGUCACUCCUCCAGGAGGAGAAGAAGAAGAGCUCCCCACAGGAGUCACUCCUCCAAGAGGAGAAGAAGAAGAGCUCAUCACAGGAGCCACUCCUCCAGGAGGAGAAGAAGAAGAAGAGCACCAUACAGGAGUCACUCCUCCAGGAGCAGACAGAGCUCCAGACGCUUGCAGAGGAGACGCAGGCCUGGGUUAGAGAGACGCAGCAGCGCUUGAAGACCCUUGGCACUGGGACCCAGGGGAGCCAGUCUCAGACUCAGGAGAGACUGCAGCAGGCUAAGGCGGUGCUGGCUCUGAGACAGGAGGGCGACUCGCGGCUGGAGGAGCUGAGGACUCGGGCUCAGAGGCUGUCCCAGCAGGAGGGCCUGUUGGAGGGGGGCCAACGCAGAGACGUCCCGCACCUCAUCCAGGACACGGAGGCCCAAUGGGUCACCUUGCAGCAGGAGGCAGAGCAGCUGAGCAGACUCCUGCAGGGGGUGCUAGAGAGGGCCUCCUCCUGCCAGGACCAGCGGCAGCAGGCCUGCCUCCGGCUGGACGAUCUCCGGGGCCAGGCGGCCGCGCUGCCGCGUCUCUUCCCUUGGCCCGGCGCGGCGGAGAGGCAGCAGGCUGCCGAGCGCUCCAGGGCCCUCCUGGAGAGAACCAAGAUGCUGGGGCCGGCGCUGUCCGCCCUGCGGGCCCAGAGGAAGGAGCUGGUCCACCUGACGCAGGACCCCAGCUGGACGGAGCCGUCCUGGGCCGUGCUGGAGGACGGAGCCCCUGACCUGAUCAGAGAGCUCAAUGUCUUGCGUCAGGGCAUGGAGAGAGUGGACAGGGACCUCAAGGAGGCCACUGCCCUCUCCAUCUCCCUAACCAAGAGCCUGUCCAAAGACGGUCAGUCCGCCCUCACAACACAGCUCCAGAGUCUGCAGGACUCACGGGCCGCUCUGGAGAAGAUGACCCAGGACAUGCUGGCCGAGCGAGAGAGACAGAAGCAGCAGCAGCAGGAAGCUGAGAAGAACCAGAGACUCAUGGAGGAGUCCUCCAGCCUGCAGAGGGCACUGCAGGGUCUGAAUGAUGCCCUGGAGCAAGAGCUGAAGGCCGGGGAGCAGCAUGAUGGUGUUGACCAGCUCCAGAAGCACUGGAUCAACUUGAAGGCCCUGGAGAGCCAACAGGAGGAACUCAUCUUGCACCUGCAGAAGCUGCAGGGCUCCGAGAGGACAGGGAGUCCCUUGCCAGACGAGCUUACCUCAGCCCUGGGGACCCUCACCAAGCAGUCGGUCAGCCUCAGCAUGUCCUUGUCCGAGAGUCUGAGGGUGUGUAAGGAGCGGACCGUGCUCAGCGUCCGUGAGUCCAUCCAGGCCCUCCGUCUGUGGAGCCAGAGUCAGCCUCAGCAGCGCCCCCAGACAGCUCAGUCUAUUGAGAUGGCGCUGCAGGAGGGAGAGACGCUGAGACAGAGCCUGCAGGGGGCGCUCUCGCACACGGACUUCCUGAGCAGCAUCGUGGGCCAGCAGCUCGUGCAGAGCCUGGAGAGGGAGGGGACAGACGCUCUGAUGGACAGCGCCACUCAGCUCAUGGGCCUAUUGCAGAGCCUUCAGUUGGCUAAGAGUCCAGUGGAGGCGACACACGCCGCCUCAGCUCAAGAGACGGUAGCAGAGAGCGCAGCACGCGAGGAGGAGGAGAGAGCGUCACAGACCCUGUCCACAAACACCCCCUCCGGUCGCUCUGUGGAGCCCACCUCAGGGCCUCGGAGAUCGGCCGAGGUUCAAAGCACGCCGGCCGGGACAAUGGACAGUGAUGCACAUGACGCUAGUAGCACAUCUGAAGUGGAUGCUCACGUGAUAGCAACACAUAGCGCAGCACGUGAGAGCACGCCACAGACCCUCUGCACAAAGACUUCUUCUGAGCUCUCUGUGGAGCUCACCCUAGGCCAGGAAUCGACUGGGGUUAGUGGCCCACCUCCAGCUAAGACGUUGCACAGCAAUGCACAAAAGACUCCGUCUAAACUCCCUUUGCAGCUUACCCAACGGCAGGAAUCUACUGCUAAUAGCAUACCAGCCAGUAAUGCACAGCAAGCUGAUGGUAGCUUUGAACCAGGCGCUACCUUGAGGUCAAGCCGUAUCGGCGACACACCCGUGCAGGCUGCUGGUCACAGAGAAGAGCCGGACGGCCCUCCUAAACCUGUGUUCACUGUUGUCCUGGACGCAGACCUCACGGGUGCUAGUGACAGUCAACCAGCCAAAGAUAUUUCAAUGUCUAGACCCCCUCACGAUAUGUCCAGUCAGUCUGAUGCUGUGACCACUCCGCACCGUGAAGGCAUGAAUGUACCAGAGACGAGUCAGAAACACCAGGCGGCUCAAACAAAACAUCCCCUUGAUGGCACAGCAAGGGAGCAGCCAGCGCUAAAUCAGGAAGAGGCCCUCCCUCCUUCACCCAAAAAAGUAGCUACUAUUGUUUUGGAUGCUAAAUUGUCCCAAAAAGAAAAUAUUCCCACAGACACAGCAGCGAAACAGCUUAGUGACCCCAAGCAGUCAGACUAUACAUCGUUCCAUGACAGGGUCAGUCCUGAUGAACUGCAGAGCAGCAAACAAGAGCUUAGUUCAGUGUCACCGAGUCAGGAAUCUGGAGAGGGUAAAAAGGCCAUGCAGAACUAUGAGGGUUCACUGGUUGAGCACACCAAGCCCAAGAAGGUUUUCACUAUAAUUCUAGAAGCUGAUGUGCCUACGAAUGAGUCAAUGGACGGUCAGAUCAGAGAGCCCACAGAGAAAGGGAGCUCUGAGGUUUCAAUUUUACCAUCAGGGAACGGCUCUGGGGAUCAGCGAAAACAGCCAGAGAUAUCAAGGUUACCGGAAAAUAAUAGUACAUCUGCAGCAGACGGUGGUGGCUACGGAUCCCCCGAGUCAGUGCCCUCUGAAAUGGAAGCUGACCUUGACCAGUCCAAGCAGAGGUCACAGGACGUGCUGUUGCGGCCGGGGGUCUCAUCGGCCUCGUCUCUGGACACGGCACGCAGCAGCACUCUCACCGGGCCCGUGCGCAGAGUUGCUCAGAUAGUCCUGGAGUCUAAAGAGACCGACCCAAUUCACGUCGUUCAAACUCAGACCACACAAAAGGACUUGCAGGGGGCGAGCGCCUCGGGACAAUCACAGAGUAUCGAUAUCAGCCUGACGGUUACCAGAAACAAGCAACGUCAGGGACGGGACGUCGAUAGUGUGGCAUCAGAGAGGGCAGACGGAGCCGACGGAGCAACAGGCACCAGGAGGCCGGAGGCAUCUGAACAGGGAGUGCCUGAGGAGGCCAGUGUUGUUAACGUCUCUCCCGGGCACGGACCUGAUGCUGUUUCCAUUUCACACGCUGAAGAUAAAGUCGACAUGCAGACUCGCGGUACGGAGCUGUUACAAACGGACACGUUAUACCGAGAUGACCCAGAUCCCCAGGAGCCAACACACACCCAGUCACUCAAGAAAAUGUCUCCAGUGACCUCUAAAGCAGAAAUGCAUUCCCUGAAGGAUGACAGUACUGAUCUGCCAAAGAUAAUCCCAGAGCCUCAGGACCAGGCUAAGACCACAAAGGAAAGAAAAGUGCAACGGACUGCAAAGGAGCUGAUUGCUGGAGACGACGGGGCUUUAGGGGUCACUGUGGAAUUGCCCCGGGGACGAGAACAUGGAGACCCUCUUCUGGUCAUUCUGGGUGAUGCUGAGCCAGUGCUGGAAGCUCAAAGUCUCGUGGUGGGAGGCGAGCCAAUGGAAGCCGUCUCAUGCCUCCAGCCCACGGUGGCGGAACCAGCGAUCCGGCUCGGGAGGGCGGUUCACAGGGUUCUGGGCUGCCGGUACCAGCCGGCUCAGCUCAACCCUCAGGUCAUGGCCCUGCAGCUACAGGAAGCAGAAAGCUGCAGACAGCGUGUGCUACAGGAAGUGGCCGCAGUGUCUCGCCAGGAAGCGGACAGGGACCUGCAGUCCGAGGCCACGCAACGAAUGGAGGGUAGUUGGAGCGCCGCCCUGCUGGAUGCCUCAGCCACAGUGCAGGUCAAAGAGGCCCAGCUUCUCCAGGUCACGCAGUACCACCAGCAAACAGAGGCUCUGAGAGCCACCCUUCAGAGAUUCACAGCUGAGAUGGAGAUGCUAAACCUGGAUAAUUUGGGAAGCACUUCCAUUCAAGCGGAAAAAUUGCAGACAUUCCUGAAGGGGAUGGACCAGGAGAAGGACAAGAUAGGAGAACUGCUGCAAACCUGCUGCCAGGUAUCUGCCCACAUGAGUGAGGCAGAUGGACCGGUAGCGCUCCUUGCCCAGGUAGAAGGCCUUCAGAAGGGGUGGCAGAUAUUACAGGGGACCGCAGACAGAACCCUGAGGCAUGCCACAGCUUGUACAACAGAGACGUCUGCUGUGCUUCAAGAGGCCAAGGAACUAGAAAGCAAACUGGAGAACAUCCAGACAUCCAUGGAUUCAUUGCAGUCCUCAACACCACUCACAGAUUGCCAGAUGGCCGUGCAGCUUACUGUGUCUGCUUCUGAACUUACCACUGCUAAUGAGCAGUACUUCAAUCUUCUUGGGAUUUUUGAAGCGUUCAACCAAAACUUUCUCGGGAAGAAGGAACAGCAUGAGUUGGAAGAAAUCCUGCUGCACUUGAAGGCUCAGUUGGAUUAUACUCAAGAGCAGCUCCUCAGCAAUGCCACAACUGUGAGUGACACCUCAGUAGCUAAACUAAUAGAAGUAGUUCAGAACUUUCUUCCGUGGGCUAAACACGUAGAGCAACAAGUCGAAGCAAGGAGAAAAGUAGCUCUGUUCUCUGAGCAUGCCCACCACCAGCUUGCUAACAUGAAGAGGCUCCAGUCAGAGGUUUCUGUCAGGCAAAGCCAAGUCACACAUGUGGUGGAGGAACAGAAGGCCUUGCUCUCAGGCCUGAGGGAAGAUGAUGUUCCAGCGAUGUUAUCUUUAUUGGAGGAUUUAGAGGAUACUUAUCAAGUAAUUUCAGAAAAGAUUACUCAUGCAAUUGAAGAGGUGGACCAGGCACGACAGUCAAGAGAGAAAAUGUGGGCUCAGAUUUCAGAAGUCAGUACCUGGUUGGUGGCCUACAUCGAGAAGGAAAGUAGCAGGACCAGAGAUUCAAAGCUAAAGGCAAGCAUAGCAGACUUGAAGGUUGGACUACAGUGGCAUAGCGCUACCCUGAAAGAAGCUGAAAAGCAAACUGCUGUCAUUGAAGGCCUCUUGGAGCAGUGUUCCAUCAUAAUCCCUGACCUUAGCAUUGGAGAGAGCCAUUAUCUCAUUGACCGGCUUACAAUCCUGCAAUCAGAGGUCUCAGGGGUGGCUAGCUCCGAGCAAGCUGCUUGCUGGGAGCUCGAAGAGCUUCUUCACGCCCAGGAGGCCACAGCUGAAGAACUGGCCACCAUUCAGAAGAGCAUUAAGCAGAUAUCCAUGGACCUGGAGAGACAAAGGUUCCCGGUGACUAGUGCCUCUUUAUCUGCCGUUGAGCCACUGAGGCACAUGUUGGUUGAGUACCAGUGCCAUGUGCAAGAGCUUCAACACUGCCAGGAGUCGCAGAAGAAGGGGCUGCUGCAGACCAUCCACACCCUGCAGGCCAAGGCAAGGAUGCUCGACAUCCAAGCCCGUGAACACGAGAAGUACCUGAACUACAGGAAGCGAAUGGAGGACUCCAGGGAGAUGGUGAAGAAGAGGAUCCCUCAGACGAGUGACCGCACAGUGGACCAGAGAGAGAGGCUGCAGGUCUGCAGAGCCCUACUGAUGGAGCUCCCCCUGGUGAAGCAGCAGUGUCAGCAGGCUUCCGAUCAGCUGGAGGCCAUCUCGGGAGAUGUCUACCCAUCUCAGCUGACGUCCGAGCGCCAGAAAAUCCACCGUACGCUGGAGAGCUUGGCCACCUGGGAGCUGACCACUCACAACGAACUUUGCAGCAUUGAGCACAAGCUGUUAGAUGGGCUCGCUUGCCCGGCAGAUCUCACGGCCAUCGCUAAUGUCUUCCAUAAAGCCAGACAAGAGCUUCAGCGAGCUGCCUGCCUCGAUCCGAACGAGCAAGCCAUCGUGACGGAGUUGCAGAAGUGCUCUGCGCUUCAGAGGAGUAUGGAGAGCGCGCUACGAGUGCUAGAGGCUCUGGAGCAGAGAGGGGGCGCUGAAGAGGAGGCACUCAGAGAACUGUCUCACUACGGAAAGAAGAUCUCCAGAGAUUGCAAUAUUAGAAUGGACAAUCUGUCUCAGGCUUGGGAGGCUCUCAAAGACUAUCAGUGGUCCGUCCAAAGAGCGGUCAGGUUCCUGGACGACGCAGAGCCCCGACUCCUGUUGGACCUGACUGGCACCAGAGACUGCCAAGAGGAGCUGAAGGCCACCCAGCAGACCGUGACUGCCCUCAAGGAAAGCUUCAAGGCUCACGUGGAGCGUCUGGGGAACCUGGUGCCCAAGCAGACCUGCUUCUCCACCGUGGAAACCCAGAAGCUUCACAUCCAGGUCCUGAGCCUCCUGUUAGUGAGGGAAGCCAUGUUGGAGGCCCAGGGCCAGCUGAGGACAGAGACUUUGAACAAGUACAUUGAAGAGCAAAGUAAUCACAGGAAGAAGCACAUGGAGCUGCAUGAGCUCUUCCAGAACUUUGAGUCCCGUCUGAACGAAUGCCUUCUGCAGAAAGCCACGUCAUUUGAAGAAUGUGUGGAACAACAAGACAAGGCAAAGGGCCUCCAGGAGGAGGUGUGGUGCCUGGCUGGACGGCUGGAGCAGCUGAGGGGGAGCUGCCCGGUGCUGGCCCUGGGCUGUGGGGUGCGGGCGGAGCUGGGCCUGCCGCUGCUCUGGAGGCAGUGGGCCUUGCUCAAGCGCCGCGUCGGGGUCCUGCGGGCGCGCUCCGUGCAGAGAGACCAGGAGUGGAAGGACGCCUCGCUGAGUAUGGAGAGGUGCAGCCUGGCCCUGGAGGGCCUGAGCCGUGACUUGUCCGACCCCGCCGCGGUGAGGGGUUCCCUGGACGAGCUGCGGGCCGUGCUGGCCCUGACGGAGCUGCAGCAGGAGUGGCUGGACCGCGAGCAGCAGGCGCUGGCCUCCUCUCAGGCCCUCAUCGGCCGGCUCCUGGGGCCUCGCGCCAGCCGCGACCCGGACAAGCCCGUCCAGAUCUGCCAGGACCUGCAGAACCUCCAGAGCAACUGCAGGAGGCUAAGAGAGCAGUGCAUGCUGGUCCGGCGGACGGCACUGACGGAGAUCCAGGAGCGAGGCCGAGACCUGGAGGAGAUCGACGCCGUGCAGCAGAGGGUGGCGUCGUUGAUGCCGCUCCAGAAGGCCCAGCACGAUGCCCAUCAUGCCCAGGAGGCCAAGUUAGAACUGGGCAGUCAGCGAGCUAAACUGGAGGUAAUCAUCGAGGGAGUGAAGAAACGCUACCCAGAGGUUCCUCAGGAUCUCCAGGCUCCUCUACAGGAAGUCAGUCGCUCCCUGCAGGAAGUGGAAGACAAGCUAGCAGCAGCAGCAGCAGUCUCCUCCCAGCCGAGUGGCCCCCAUUCCCAGCACAGGCUGAGUGACCAGGUCAGAGAGGUCACUUCAGGUCUGGAGAAGGUCCAGGACCUGCUCCAGCAAAGCAGCACCUCUGUGGAGGGAGCCGAAGGCACAUUGAAGCGUGUGUGGGACGAACUGGACCAUUGGCACUCGCGUCUGGCUGUCCUGGAGGCUGAGGUGCAGGAGGUGGCCAUGGAGCAGCCUGACCAGGCUCACACCCUCAUGGACGAUCUCACCGACCCCCUGCAACUCUACCAGACGAUUUCCAACCAGGCAGAACAAAGGACAGCCUUCCUCAGCAGGAUCCCAGCUUGUCUUCAGGAGUACGAGGACCUGCUCAACAGCGCCGUCCACUGGCAGGAGGAGGCAAAGUCGUGGCUCAGCACGCCUCGCACCUACACCAGUGCCAAGUGUCUGCACGGUCAUGCCAUCUCACUUCAGAUGGUUCUAGAAGAUUCCGAGCGAAUCCGGGCAGCACUGGAGGCCUUUGUGCCCGUCAUGCAGGAGAUCUCGCCAGUGUGUGACACAGACGCCAUGCAGGUGCGCCUGGAUAAGACCAUCAGCAAAGUCACACACAUGCAGCAAAGCGUCAUUGAACCCCACGCCCAACUCCAGCACGUUGCAGAGGAGGUGGAUGCCAUUGAAGCAGAAGUGAAAACCAUGGAGAAGAACAUCACCAAGAUCAACGCCAUCUUGUCCAGCCUGGAGACAGAGAACGCAUCUGGCAAUGAGCAGUUACAAUACUGUCAAGUGAUUCUGGAAAACGUGCGCUCCAUGAGGCGGACUGUGUCCGAGAUCGAGCACUGCCGACUGGGCCUGGGGCUGCCCCGUGGUGCCGAGGACACCCUCGUCGUCUUCCAGCGAGCCCAGAGCCUCCAGCAGCCGCUGCAGGAGCUGGAGCAGCACACCCAGGAGCAGAGCGCCAGGCUGGAGGCAACCCUUGGGUUGUCCAUGGACUUCAGCCAUCAUCUUAGUGGCCUUGAUGCUGCAAUGUCCUCCCAUCCAGCUCUCCUCUCUCUCGGUGCUGAGGGAUCUAUGGGAACGUCGUUUUAUGGACCCACUGAUGAUGGUGAAGAUGAGGAUGAGGAGGACGAUGAAGGAAGUAUCCACUCGUCAUCUUCUGGAACACUGACGGGCAGUGUGGCUGAGGACCCAGAUGAGACAUUCGGGGAUGAUCAAGGUUAUGAGUUUGGAACUUCUUCCACUGUGGGCAUGGCAACAGUUCCAAAGUUAUCACCUCCCCGGGGCAAUACAUCAGCAUCCAAGGAAAUGUCAUUGGUAACCAUGGCAUCUGAGGACAUCGCCGAGGAGAUUGGGUCAUUAGCGCCAAAGGCACGAGGGACACCAGCCAAGAUACUUGAGACAACUGGCAGUGACCUGAGAGCUACUGAACACAUUAGCAAGGCAAACGGGGAGGCCAGGACUGAGACAGGAUGCGUUUACAAGGAGCCAGAUUUGACAAGCCUGACGGAGCCUGAACCAGUUCUGAAAGAUUUGAAAGAGUCCAUACCCAAGGAUUCACAAUCCAUUAGUAAGGAACCUGGUUCUCUGACCGUAGGGUCAAAAUCAGCCUCUGUGGAGGUUCCUUCCAUUGUCAGUAAUGCUGAGAUCAUGACCAAGGAACAAGCAUCAACAACAAAAGAAUUCACAUCAGUCAGCAACCAGCCAGCAAGUGCUCUCUCUUCACCCAGUGGUCAACCAAGACCUUCGCACACUAGAGUGACUGACUCACAGAUGGAAUCUGCAGCAGUGGGUGAUGAACUUCAGGGUUCGCCCACAGAAUCACUCCCCACCGUUCUCCAUGACCAGAACCUCCCAGCCUCCUCUGUCUCCAUGGAGAGCAUCGCUAAGCCCCCUGAGUCGCCUCCAGCAGGCCUGUCACCUUCAGACAAGACUCAUGGGCCUAAGGAAGACUCUCGUUUGCAUAACCUCAAGGAACCAGCGGAGUUGAGUAUGGAGGCUGCGAUUACUGUCCCCACCCAGGAAAAGACUCCUGCAAGACCACAGACUGCUGUUGACAGUGUACCAGCCCAGCCUGAGGAGGGUGCUAUAGCCAAAGGCAACCUCGCGAUCCUCCUGGGCAGCCUCUCAGGAAAGCCAGAGCUGGAGAGCCCUGCGUUCAUCUUACAGGAGGCUGUGGCCAAGCACACUGACCCCAGCACAGUCACAGCAGGCCAUCCCAGCCUACAGGGCGUGUCUGGCAGAGAGUUGACCUCUCUGAUCUGCCGUGCGGAGGCCACGGGGUCAGACGUGGAGCUGCAGGCUUGUGCCGAGGCUCUCCUGAGGGGUGUGUCCACUCUGCUGCAGCUGGGCAGCCAGCGUCUGCAGCGCAGCCAGGACACCAAACUCUGCAGCCGCAGCCAGCUGCAACCCCUGCUCAGCAGGCAUAAGAAGUUCUUCCAAGACGUGGGGCGCCACUGGGCGGUGCUGCAGUGUGCGUCCCAGCGACUGUCACCGGGGGCGCUGCAGAGCCUGGCUGAGAUGGAGGAGCAGGUAGUCGCGCUACAGAGACAAGCUGUGGACCAGGGUAGCCAGAUGCGCAGGAACUUGCAGGAGUGGAGCCAGUGGGAGGAGGCGAGUGGGAGGCUGGCCCGGUUGCUGGACGAACUGGAGGCCGGUAUGCCCAGCGAGACCCUCCAACAGGAGCCCGAGGGCCAACUGCAGGAGAGGGCAGCUGCACACCAGCACCUGCGGCAGCUUUUGGAGGAGAGCCGGCCUGAGUUUGGACUGGUCCUGGAUCAGUGUCGAGCCCUCGAGGGCAGGGGCUGUAGCCCUCUGGGCACCAAAACCACUGUGCCAGGAUCAGGCCUGGAGCUGCGCUGGGCCUCGGUGCACAGGAGGCUGACGAUGGAGGAGACGCUCUCAGAUCGGAUCAGGCAGCAGUGGGAGAGGUUCCAGCGAGACUCCCAGUCCCUGCAGGAGUGGUUGAUCGAGGCCAAGGGUCAGCUGGAGGCCUGGGGAUGCCACUCCGAAUCAGAGCCCCGGGAUCUCAGCUGGAUCCAGCUCACACAGCUCACGGGUCUGGGUCAGCAGGCGGAGUUGCGGCGUGCCCAAUGGUCUUCUGCCUGCGACGCUGGCACGCAGCUGCUGCAGCUGAUGGACAGCGAUGCCCCGUGCCUGCGGGAGCGCCUGGCACAGCUGAACCAGAGCUGGGCAGACGUGAUGUCCACCCUUCCGACGCUGCAGAGCUGGACGAAGCAGAUCCUGGGUGCACUGCCUGCCCAUGCGCUGAUGUCGGACCUGGGCGCUUGGCUGGACGACGUGGAGAAGAGAGUGGACGAGCAGGAGGUGGAGAUCGUCCAGGAGGCCACGGAUGUCGCCGGACACGCCAGUCAGCUCAAACGCUGCCAGGAUCUGAAGGCUGAGAUCUGCGGUCAGCAGCCCUGCGCGGAGCAUCUGGUCCAGCUGGUGGAGGAGGCCGGUCACGUGAAGGACGAGGCCAACCGAGAGGAGAGGACACUUCUGGCCGAGCAGGUCGGAGCUCUUCACCUGCGCUGUGUCCUGCUGCAGGCCAAGGCCGACCACCAGGUGCGGCAGGUGGAGGAGCGUGUGCACGUGUGCUCCCAGAGAGAGGUCCGUCUGCAUCGCUUGCGCAGCUGGCUCUCCGCACACAGGGGGAGGCUGAGUGGGUACGAGAGACCAGACAGCUGCUUCCACAUAGAGAAGGCCCUACAGGAGCUUCAGGACAUUGAGGAGAAACUCAGUCUGAAAUCCGCGGAUCUGCUGGAGUUGAAGGCUGUCCGUCUCUCCGAGGAUAAGGAGCACCCCAGUGACCAGACCUUCUCUGCGCAAGUGGACGCUGUCUCGAAGGACCACUCGCUUCUUUCACAACAGGUGGCCACCCUCAGACCCUCGCUGUGGCAGGUCCGGGAUCAGUGGGUCGGCUUUGAGAGGGAGCUGGCAGAGGCCACGCUGGUCAGCGCCAGAACCCAGUACAGUCUGGAGCAGCGGCAGAGGACGCCAUGCCUGUCCCUACAGGAGAGCAGUGACCACGUGGACCACAUGCAGGCCCUGCAGCAGCAGGCAGAGGAGGGGGCAGACCUCUGGUCAUCUGUGGACGCUGCACUGGUCAGCCUGAGCGAGCGAGUGAGUUCUGGUGCCGUCCGCCUGCUGACGGAGAGAGUGGAGACGGAGAGAGCGCGGUGGAUGUCGGUGGUGGAGGUGGCGAGAGAGGAGCACGGGCGGAGUCGGGCGCUGCUGCUGUUGUGGCAAGAGUAUGUCCGUCUGACGGGCAUCUGCUCUGGGCAACUCACGCAGCUCUGGGAGCAGUGCCAAUUACCCCCAGUAGCCACAGCAGGAGCCCCUGCAGACACAGAGGGAGACCCCGCGGAGCACAUCCAAGCCAGCCUGGAGUUUCUUAGCGAUAUUCAACAGGGAAUGGAGGGUUUGCAGACUAGUGUAGGGGACGUAUUAGAGGCUGCCAAGCUUCUCAUUGGCCAGAUAGAACCCCAAGGAGCUGCUCUGAUCCAAUCAGAGACCAGGUUGUUAUCACGUGACAUUGUUCACUUGGGCCAGGCACUUAUUUUGAGACGGGAGCAACUUCAGGAGGACUUGGAGCAGUAUCAGAACUUCCACGGUCUGCUGGACUCCCUGGAGCUCCACCUCAGGGGCUUUGAGAGUGGCCUCCUCAGACCCAAGUCCACUCUGGACAACCUCAAGAGGGGUCUGCAGGAGCUGAGCGGCCUGGCUCCUGACCUGGGCACUCUGAACGAGCUGAGCCUCGGCCUCCGACUGACCCACAUGGCUGAGGGGAGACUCAGGACACUCAACGACCAAUGGCUGCAGGUCUUCAUUCAGGCCACAGACCGAUACAGGGAGAUGCACACCAAGCAGCUAUCUAGCCAAAGCUUUAAGCAGCGGUGUGAGGACUGGUUUUCCCUCCUGGAGAAGAUGGAGGCUGACCUGGCCACAGACGUCUGUUCCACCCAGCCAGCCAUUCGGGAGCAGCUUACGCGUCACCAGAGGCUGAAGGUGGAGAUGUUUGUUGGGCAGCAGCUUCUCCAGUCAGUGGUCAAGGAGGCCCAGCGGCUUCUCGAGAGUGGUCCAUCCAAAGACAGCAGCGACUUGAUCGUUAGGCUGACGGAGCGGCAGGAGCGCUGGCAGGAGGCCCUACGAUUGGCCCAGACGCGCGGCACCCUGCUGCACGGAAUGACGGGCCAUUGGAGGCUCCUGUCCGGAGGCCAGCGGAGGCUGUGGAAGCUGCUGAGUGACCUGGAGACUCUCCUGCCCCCUGCUGGCCUGGCGGCAUGCAGUCUGCAGCAGCUCCGGGGCAUCACCCGUGACUUCCAGUGGGCUCAGAAGGAGCUCCAGGACCACGCAGCUCUGUACACUCAGGUGCUGAAGGCCGGGCGAGAGCUCGUCCCCAGGCUGGACGGACCGGCCCAGACCCACGUGCAGGAGGACCUGGACGCCCUGAGGAAGUCCUGGGAGGACACGCAAAGGCUUCUGGGAGUCAGGAAGGCUCUGGCGGAAUCUGUCCUGCUGACUUGGAAGCGCUGUGAGACAGGACUAGCCGAUAGCGCACACAAGUUGGAGGAGAUCAAAGCCAGUCUGGAGCAGCCGCUGCCAGACAAUCUGGAGGAGUUGUGCAAAGAGGAGAACCUCUCCAAGGCGCAUCAGGAGGCUCUGGAGGUGUGGGGCGGACGACUGCGCGAGCUGGACACCAUGAAGGCAGACGCCUCUCAGUACGUGCUGGCCGGCGACACAGCACUGCUCCAGGGACAGCUGGACCAACUGAGUGGACACUGGGAGGAACUCUGCCUCAAGGUGUCCCUGCGUAAGCAGGAGAUCGCCGACCGGCUCCACGCCUGGGUGGUGUUCAACGACAAGAACAAGGAGCUGUGCGAGUGGCUGCUGCAGAUGCAGAACAAGGUGGCCCACAGCGGCGAACACCUCAGCAUCGAGGAGAUGGUGGACAAACUCAAGAAGGAUUGCAUGGAGGAGAUCAACCUGUUCAGCGAGAACAAGAGCCACCUCAAGCAGCUCGGGGAGCAGCUCCUGUCCGCCAGCGACAAGACCAAGGAGGCCGAGGUGCACGGGGCCAUCCGCGACGUCAACGCCCGCUGGCAGAGCCUCUUCGACCACAUCGAGACCAGGGUGAAGAAGCUGAAGGAGACCCUGGUGACGGUGCACCAGCUGGAUAAGAACAUGAACAACCUGCGCACCUGGCUGAGCGGCGUGGAGAGCCAGCUGUCCCAACCCGUCCUCUACAGCGCCUGCCACAGCCAGGAGAUCCACAGGAGACUGGCAGAGCAGCAGGAGUUACAGCGUGACAUCGAGCAGCACAAGGACAGCGUGGCGUCGGUACUGGCGCUGUGUGACGCUCUGCUGCGUGACGAGGACGCGUGCGAGAGCAGCGCAGGAGGAGGAGGAGGAGGAGGAGGAGGUGGAGGAGGAGGUGUUGUGGAGGGAGACUCCAUCCAGCAGACCACACGCAGCCUGGACCAGCGCUGGAGGAACAUCUGCUCACUGUCCCUGGAGAGGAGGCUCAGGAUUGAAGAGACGUGGAGGCUGUGGAGUAAGUUCGAGGAGGACCACUCACGCUUUCAGGAGUGGCUGAAGGGGGCGGAGCUUGUGGCCGCCAAUCCCAACUCCUCCGAAGUCCUCUACACUGACGCCAAGGAGGAGCUCAAGAACUUCGAAGGCUUCCAGAGGGAGGUGCACGAGCGUCUCACCCAGCUGGAGGUGAUCAACCACCAGUACCGGCAGCUGGCCCUGGAGCACCGGACCGACUCGUCCAGCCAGCUCAAGGCCACGGUGCGCCUGGUCAACCAGCGCUGGGAUGCGCUGCAGAGGCGGACAGCGGCCAUCCUGCGGAGGCUUAGGUAUUUCACGUCUCAGAGGGAGGAGUUUGAGGGGACCAGGGAAGGCCUGCUGGUGUGGCUGACGGAGCUGGACCUUCAGCUGACCAACGUGGAGCACUUCUCCGAGAGCGACAUCCACGAGAAGCUCAAGCGCCUCAACGGCUUCCAGAAGGAGAUCACCUUGAACACCAACCGCAUCGACGAGCUCAUUGUGUUCGGCGAGGCACUCAUCCAGCGCAGCUGUCCUUGCGACGCCGCGCACAUCGAGGACGAGCUGGUCGAGCUGCACACCUACUGCCAGGAGGUGUUCCGGCGCGCCGCCCGCUUCCACCAACGUCUGACCAGCCCGCACCCCGAGCUGAAGGAGGAACCGGAGCCCCAGCAGGCUUCCCCAGAGACAGUGCCCAGGCAGGGUGCCUCCUCGGUGGGGGAGCAGCAGCAGCCUCUGGCCCCUGCCCCCGCGUGCCUGGUGGCUCCUCUGCUGGAGCGCUCUGGUCGGGAGACCCCCGUGAGCGUGGACUCCAUCCCGCUGGAGUGGGACCACACGGGGGACCUGGGCGGCUCAUCCUCCCAUGAGGACGACGAGGAAGGGACGUACUACAGCACCCUCUCAGAUGUGCAGGUGACUGAGAGCGCAGAUGCGUUCGUAAAGGCCACCGCCCACUCGCUGGGGGAGACCUCGGGUCCAGGCAGGUCCCUGUCUAAGUCUCAGAGCUGGCACUCCCAAGACUCCCAGCUGGACCUCACUGACAGCGCAGGACACACACCCAUCCAAACCAGCACGCCGCACAAACACGGAUAUGUGCGUCUGAUGUCGGAGUGCAGCGGCAGCAUCAAGAGUGUGAAGCGCGUGUCUCUGAUCCUGGAUGAUGAGGAGCAGCAGGAGGAGCAGGGCCUCACUGGACUCACCACUGCAGAUAAGCAGUCAGGAGUGAUCGAGCGCUGGGAGCUUCUACAGGCGCAGGCCAUGACCCAGGAGCUGAGCAGCCAGAGAGACCCCCAGCAGCUGACCUCUGACCUCAGCGACAUCACUUCCUGGCUGGGCCAGGUGACGCCCGAGCUGCAGCAGCUGCAGAAGCCGGAGCCGGACGCCACCAUCGAGGCCAUGGAGGCCAAAGUCCGGCAGCUCAAGGAGAUGCAGAAGACCUUUGCCCGCUACAAGGCCAUGAUGCUCUCCCUGAACCUGGGAGGCCAGCAGCUCCAGCAGCAGCAGCAGCUUCAUCAGCAGGGUGGCAAGGGUGGCAAGGGUGGCAAGGGUGGCGAGUGUUCGGGCGAGGGUGGCGCGGAGAGGCCCGAGGGCCCGGAGGACCUGGGGCGGCUGCAGGAGGACCUGCGCUCCAUGAACCAGGGCUGGACGGAGGCCUGCUCGCGCCUGGAGGCCUGGGAGAGCAGCCUGCGCACCACACUCAUGCGCUGCCAGGAGUUCCAUGAGACGCUGCACGCCCUCCUGCUGUGGCUGGCCCAUGCGGACAGCAGGCGCUACACGGUGGACAUCCGCGACGAGGCCACCUCGCUGACCGCCCUGCGCGACCACAUGGCCACGCUAAAGGGCCUGGAGGAGGAGCUGCGUGAGCGCCAGAGGCAGGUGGGCUCUCUCCAGGAGCUCACGGCCCAGCUGCUCCCGGAGGCCAGCGCGGAGGACAGCAUCGAGGCCCGCGAGAAGCUGCACGUCAUCGGCAACAAGCUGCGGCUGCUGCUGCGCCAAGUGGGCCAAGACCUCUCCACCGUCCAGAAGCGACUGGACUCGGCUGAAUCGCCACAUCAGAGCAGGCAGCUGGCAAGAAUCCCGGGAUCGAAGGAUUCCCCAUCGGAAGCAGGAGGCAAACGAUCGCCAACAGGCAGCAGGGUGGAGAAGCGCGAGCCGUCCCCCCAGCGCUCCUUCUUCCAGCGGGUGCUGCGCGCCGCCUUCCCCCUGCACCUGCUCUUCCUGCUGCUGCUGGUGCUCGCCUGCCUGGUGCCCCUGUCCGAGGACGACUACAGCUGCACGCUCGCCAACAACUUCGCCCGCUCCUUCUACCCCAUGCUGCGCUACACCAACGGGCCGCCGCCCACGUGACGGGCGACAUGAGACACACACGUGCACACACACACACACACACACACACACACACACAAGCACACACACAGAGAGACUGAAGCACAUCAUGUAUGAUGUGGGUGCUAGUGUUUUUGGAACCGUUGUUAUCUGAGGAUGGUUUCAGCUGCACGGUCCCCAAUAACUUCACCCGACUCCAUCCAUCUGAGGAUAUUGUGCAACACCAGUGACCCGCUGCCUAUGUUCCAUGCACUCACACACAUGCACACACACACACACACACACACAUAUACUGUUAUAUUAUAUAAUGCAAAACAAUGAUCUGAUACACACAAAUGUAGGCUGACUCUGAGGCACACAUAAUAGUACUGGACACACGUACACACACACACACACACACACACACACACACACACACACAAUGACCAAUUGGCUGGCCUGCUUCCAAAGCUGACCCAUCCAUUCUCUCUGAUCUCUCCAAAGGGAGAGGGAGAAAAUGCCGCUACUGUCCCAAAAAAAUAGAGAAAGAGAAAGAAAAAAAAACUAUUUUUAAAACAUCUGUUAUUUAUGAAUUUAUGAAAAAUUAUGAUUUUUUGUACUAUUUAUUCCCGGAGAGAUAAAAAGAAGCCAUACUACUGAAUGAAUUUUGAUGUAACAUUUCCUCUGAGACACUUUGUGAAACUUUGGCUGAAAUUUUCUAACAAUUAAUGUGCAAGAUAUAGCAAAGCUGAUUUUCUGUUUGUUUUGUUUUAUUUGGUUUUUGUAGCUCCAGUUAACUUUUUUCCUAAAUCAUGAUGGGGCAAUUGCUCUGUCGCUAGUUUGGAGUUUAACACGGUUUUAAACUCGGUGGUGACGCAAGAAGUCACGUGACGACUUAAGCUCCAUUGCUGUGUCAUAUGCACCUGUGGUUUAACCUGCUGCUGCGUUUUACCUUGAUCUCAAUUGCUGUGUCUUCAAGGGAAUUCAAAUCACCCACUAGAGGGCGCAUUUAAUGCGUGUUAGUCUAAUCUCGGAAAGGACAUGGUUUUGCGGUAGACUAAACCAUAGUUUGCAGGAUAGCAAGAUAGGUGACAGCUUACGCUUCAUAAACCGACACAUACACACACUGUUGGCUAGUUUGGACUUAUUACACAGUAGGCUACAAUAAAGGCUACAAGAUAGCAGUUGCUUAAGUUGGCAAAUGCCUAACUACAAAUGUACAAAGAACGAGUAGGCCUAUUCGUAAAAUAGCCUAACGCACGGUAGAUCGUACCAUCAACCCUCGAUUAUGGUCUUUAUUUAGGCUACUUAGGCUGCGCAAAGCAUUUAUUUGAGGCAGACUUCCAGGCAAGAACUUUUGUUACCUGCGUUUUAUUGUGAGACCAGAGAGACAUGCGUUUUGUUAGCGGCACCGGCAGGCUAUUAAAAGCAGUAGUUUUCAGUUUAGUUUGGGGUUUAAUUUACUUUUUGACUGUUUGGUGAUGUUGCUAAAUGUAGAGACUGAUGGGCACUGAAAUAUUAUUAUAUUUGAAGGUUCACUAUUACGUUUCAUGUCGUUGAAAGGGAUUUCCACCCGCUGUUUGCGGGAGGCGCUUUCAUUCAUUCAAUGACUGAAUAGAAUAUGUAAGGGAUAAUCAAAGACGCGCCGUGCGUUUAUAGGAAAAUAAUGCACGUUCGAAGUGGUAAUAGGGACCCGACGCCGCAGGCGGAGGGGACUUUACACUUCGAUAUAAGUGCAUCAUUUUCCUAGAAACGCACAGGGCGCGUCGUUGAUUAUCCCUUACAUAGAAUAGAAUAGAAUAGAAUAGGUACUUGUUUCAUCCCGUGAGAGAACCAACCAACCAGCGGCGCUCGGGGAGCAGUAUGAUUUGAAAACGUCUGCCCCUAUCCGACACACUAACAUGCAUUUCACAGGCAUUAAAGACAGUUGUGACAUUAUGUAGCCUACACCGCACAGAUGCAUUUUGCCUGGCCAUGGUGUAGUCCUGUUUAGGCUGACAAAAUACGUAGCCUAGUCCCACAUGGAUUCGUAAAGGCUGGAAUGCGCACGGAGCCAUGGAAUGUGGGUUUAGUGCCCAGCAUAAUUUGUCCAUAGUUGGGCUGAAGUGUGGCGAUUAAAAGGCUUAUUUUUGCUCCUCCGUGUAAUGUUCUAUUUAAUUCGUGACAAUUGAUUGAUUGACUGAUUUAAUGUUAUAAAUAGCAUAGCCUACUGGAUAAGAUUUCAGAUUUCCACAAAAGUAGCCUAGACUAUUUCAUGAUAUAUUUCAACAUUAUUUGCGUUUUAUUAAAAUGUACUUUACAUUUCCAACGUGUUUUGGCACUUAGAGCGCAUUUAGCCACAAGAGUCAUAAAAAGUAUCCCGUCAAAAUCCUGAAAUGCGUUAAGACUGUUGAAUUACGAUUGCAUCUGCUGGGGUAAAACUCAAAACAGCGUACUUCCGGCUUCCAGGCAGUUUAACCCCAGUAACUAGGAAUCAGCUGAUCCUGUCUCAUUUCUGACACAGCAAUCACGUUAAACUUUGUGCGCAGCUGCGUGUUAAACUCCAAAACCUCCGUUUUAAGGAGCACGGUUUUAAAUCGUAGCACAGCUAGCACAAUGCUAACUGACAGAGCAAUUGGCCCGAUAUGACCUGAAAAAAACAAACAUUAUUUUGUUGUAAUGUUUUAGUCAUGAAACAAGCACAGUAAGAAGUUCUGGUGUAAUUAUUUGAUUUUAUUUUGCUUGAUAUGUUUUUGGAACUACAGUGCCUGCUUUAUACUCUGCUGUAGAUUCUAUAAUAUGGACGUGUGUUGAGAAGUUACAAAAACAUCUCGGGGCCACUGGAGAAUAACUACGAUCUAGUGAUAAACAAGGACAAGAAAGAAACGCACGACUUACUCAUUUUAUUCUCUUAGCCGCACUGUUUGUCACAUAAUUCAGUUUUAUUCUGUUGUUUUAACUCGUUACUUCACAUGGAUCUUGAUAUCUUUAUCCAUGUUUAAAAUGCUGAGUUACUGCCGCAUUUGAAAGCAGUGACUGAACGGUCGAGGUUGGUUUCAUAUUUGAUGUAUGACUGUUUUCGUAGUGUAAAUAUUUCCUUGGUGACCAGGGCAUCCUUGAUGCCAUGGUCAUCACACACACAUAGAUGACUUUUGAUUGUCUAUUUAUGAGAGCAAUUGGUGUGUGUCCAACCGCUGACAAUAAACAUGGUUUGUCAUUUUCAA